AUGCAUCCGAAUAUACCGUCAGGCAAUGUGUUCCGUGUCCAGCAAGGCCCUUCUCCUCCUCCUCAAGUUCAUACUCGUUUCCCCAUUUUCGACUCCAUCUACAACAAUCCAUUCCACUGGUCUGUCGUAAAAGGGCUCGUCGGUUUCGUCGUUGGUGUGGUAGUUGCCCGAACUGUGAGCGAAGAAUGGGCAAACUCAGUUUGA